AUGAGUCAAAAACAAAUAUUCUUAGCCUUCGAGCAGUACCAGAAAGCCCGGCUUCUUUUUGUUCAGUCCAUAUCUGAUUUAGCAAAUCGCCCCAAUAACAUCAAUUAUUUACUCAAAUUUGAUGUUAUUUCGUGCCUUGGACACUUACUCGAUGACCCAGUGCCAACUAUUCAACAAAUAGCAGCUAUAGUCGUUGGAAAAAUUGCAAGCACGUCAAAACAAAUUGCCGAAUUAAUUACUGACUCUAAUAUUAUUCAAGUGAUGCUCAAAUCUUCUGGAAUGGGACAUAGAUUCUACAAAAGGUCAGCUUUAGUAGCUUUACAAUCGAUUGCUAAACAUUCGCCAGACUUGGCACUUACGGUUGUUCGAUGCGAAGUGCUUAACGUAAUUAAUGCCUGUUUGGAAGAGUUCGAUCAAUGUGUUAAGGAAAACGCUGCAUCCUGCAUUAGCUGCAUAGUCAGACACAGCGAGGAUCUAGCGCAAAUGGUUGUUGACUCUGGCAGUCUUCCGCUAAUAAAUCUCUGUUUGCAAGAGCCAGGUGUCAAUUUAAGGUGCAUAUCAGCUGGUGUAUUGGGAGACAUAGCUAAACAUUCGGUAACACUAGCACAGAACGUGGUCGACACUUCUGGAAUUUGGCAUCUCGUGAAGCAGACAACGGACUCCUGUUCAAAGUUGAGAAUAGCUAAGCAUUCACCAGAUUUUGCGGAGUUGGUUUUGGAGGCCAGUAUAUUUCCCCAAGUUUUGAUUGGUAUGAAGGACAAAGAUGUGGGCCUUCGCAGCGAAGCAGCCAAUUUAAUAAAGGAGCUUUGCAAGCAUACAUUUGAAAUAUGUCGGGUUGUAGUGAAUUCGAGUGGAAUUCCAGCGCUGGUGGACUUCUUAGAAGAAGCGAAAGGGUGUUCAGCUAUACCUGGAAUAAUUGCACUUGGCUAUAUCGCAGCACAUUCGGACCUCCAAGCAAUCGCAGUUAUCAAAGCCCAUGCGCUAGUACAACUGAAGAAUAUACUUCAUGAGGAAAGGGAUGAAGUAAAAGCAGCGGCUGUGUGGGCCAUUGGCCAAAUUGGUCGCCAUGGCGCAAGCCAUGCAGAUGCUGUCUCCGAGGUUGGCUUACUUCCAAUCAUACUUGCAUAUUAUCUUAAUACAGAAAGUUCCGAAGAUUUGCGAGAUAAGGUUCUAGAGAAGUGCACUGACAUGGAGGCGCUACAACCAAUAUUACACAACUCGCCACCCAACAUACUGAAGUAUGUUGUGGUACAGUUCAGCAAGCUUCUUCCGCGGAGCGCAAAAGCCAGACGUGCUUUUGUCGUAAGCGGAUGCCUAAGGAAAAUUCAAGAAAUUGUCGCGGAGCCUGGAUCUACCCUGCACAUGCACAUAAUUGCCAUAAAUAACUGCUUCCCUGAAGAUGUUGUCAAGUUCUAUUCUCCGGGAUAUCCCGAAGUUUUACUAGAACGUGUAGAGGCAUACGAACAAGAAGCUAAUUGA